UUUACCGCUACUGCGCGGAACCGGAAGACGCAAGAGCGCGCAAGAGCCAAGCCCUGAGACACGACUCACACGACGUGCGUUCGGCCCAAAGCGAUGCAAGUGCAGACUCAAGGCAUAUAGCCCCUGUCGCCCUACCCUCAUUCAAGGCAGUGACCCUGUCGUCCAUCGGAGGACAGUCCGGGCGGCGUUAUCUCACCGUGUCUGCAUCUCAUCAUGUGCCCGUGGGUGAAGCGAAUGCCUGCCGCGCCACCAAGAACGAAAAUGAUUGCACAUUUCCUAUUUGCACAUCGUUCAUUGGCAGGGACGUGUCGGGCUGCAAUCCCCGGAACAAUGUUCUGCGCCGCAUGCGCCCUCGCCGAAGAAAGAACAAAGCACGAUCUGCUUAUCCUCAAAGCAGCCCAAGGGAUCGACGACAGCGAAUGGGUCUUGCCAAUGACACGGCAGAAGAAAACGUCAGCCGCCCUUCGGUGGGGGCGGCAAAGACAACGUCUCGCGGCUCGCGGGAGGGAAAGGUUUGGCUGUUGGUUAUGACUAAGCGAAGUCGACUGUGCAAUCCCUAGGUAUUGACGUGGAAACGAUCGGGUACAAGAGACAGAUAUUCAGGUUUGUUUUGUAGGUACUUUUUCCAUGAACUGCGGACAUCGUGCUCGAGCAUCAGCAGUUGCAAGCGAGGCAGACU